GUGUGUGUGUGUGUAUGAGACAGGGAGAGAGAGAGUGGAGAGAGAGCCCUGACUUCUGACGGGAGGAACACCGGCACUGUUCACUGCAGGAGGUGAACUGUGGGACAGAAAGACGGCGUCCUGAAGGAGGUAUCACACGCUGCUCCUGUUGUUGCCUGUCCAGUAUGUGUGGGGUUCGGCUGUAACUCUGAGUGCUGGUCAGUGAAGUCAAGACGGAUAAAAAGUUGGACUCUACUUUAGAGACGCGUGGAUUUGGAAAAUAGAGCUGAAGAUGAUGGCGGAGGGGAAGUUCGCCAGCCUGCCCAGGAACAUGCACAUGGGACGGCAGUGCUCCCUGGCCUCCUCCAUGGACCUGCUGAGCUCUCGGCCGGCUGUGGCCCAGCUGCCCCCCAGCGGGUACCAGAGCUUCUCCAUCCACGGCACCCUCCCCCGCAAGAAAAAAGGGGGCGCUAGCGUGCACUCGUGGGGCAUGAACAGCCACACCGGCUCCCUGCCCCACCCCGGCAGGGCCCGCCUGCCCUCCUCACCCCUCAUCCACAACAUCAUGGAGGAGCCCCACCCUUUCCACUCUGAGACACAGAGCCAGUCCUCUUACAGCAGGGACCAGGGCUUUGUGGAUCCCACCAUGGAGUAUGUCAAGUUCUCUCGGGACAAGUACAUCAUGGAGGGUCCUCCGGAGAAGCUUCGCAAGGAACUGGAGGAGGAGCUGAAGUUGGGCUGUGAAGAGCCCCGCAGUCACGCCUGGUACCACGGAGCCAUCCCCAGACAGGUGGCAGAGAACCUGGUCCAGAGGGACGGGGACUUCCUGAUCCGGGACUCCCUAUCCAGCCCGGGGAACUAUGUGCUGACCUGCCAGUGGAAGAACUCCCCGCAGCACUUUAAGAUCAACAAGAAGGUGGUGGCCAUGAACGAGGCCUACUCCCGGGUGCAGUACCUGUUUGAAAGGGAGGGCUUCGACAGCGUCCCCGCCCUGGUGCGCUACUACGUGGGCAACCGGAAGCCCGUGUCCGAGGUGGUGGGCGCCAUCAUCUUCCAGCCCAUAAACCGGGGCCUGCCCCUGCGCUGCCUGGAGGAGAAGUACGGCGUGGCGGCCGUCCGCGUGGAGGCCCUCAUGCCCGAACACAAGAGCCAGGUCUCCAAGCGCCUGAGCCUCAACAUCAUGAACGGGCACUCCCAGGACCACACGCUGAGCCGUGGGAACCUCCUGAGGAGCCGGGACAAGUGUGGAAGCCAGCCGGCGUGUCUGAACCACGUUCAAGAGAGACGCCGACCCCUCAAAACUCAUCAGUCGGAGAGCUUCCUCCCUAUCGGCUCCAGGACACAGCCCCAGACCCAGAUCAUGGAGCCCCAGCCCAGCGCCAAGUCUCCCGUGUUCAGGACGGGCAGCGAGCCAGCCCUCAGCCCUACGGUGCCACGGAGGUUAGCCAUGGAGUUGCAGGCUGGGGAGGCCAUACGGGGCUCCGACAGCCAGCUGUGCCCCAAGCCCCCUCCGAAACCCAGCAAGGUGCCCUCCAUGAGACUCCCCCGUUCCCCCCGCCUGCAGCGCCUCGCCCUCGUGCCCCCCACCCCGCCUCCCAAACCGCAGCAGCACCAGCAGCAGCCCAGUCCCGAGGUGAACUACUGCGAGCUGAGCCCCUGCAGUCCGCCUGAGAGGGACAGUGUCUCCGGGCUUCUGCCUAACAACAGCUAUGUGGAGAGGCUGAGGACGGAGGAGGCCAGGAAGAGCCACCUCAGGGCCUCGGACACCAGCCUGUCUGGACACACGCUGGACCGCAGCUCCUACCACCACGCCAUCGAGGCCCUGGAGGACAGCAACGAGGAGGACGAGGGCGAAGCCAUGCAGGUGGAGCGGGAGAACGCCGGGAGGGAAGGAGAGCGGGCGGAGAAGGGCAAGGGCUUCCGGAGGCCCGUGUUUGAGACAUCAUCGGCCUUCCGGCCCGGAGAGUUUGAGAGCAGGCUCCUGCCCUCUGAGAACAAGCCUCUAGAGAUGUCGGUGCUGAAGAGAUCCAAAGAGUUGCUGUUGAACAAAGACCACCGGAUCAUCGCUAAGCACAUCUUACAGGCCGACUGCCAGGUUGCUAGGGUACUGAAUGUGACCGAAGAGUUGAAAGGUCAGAUGGGAGUGAGUUCUGGUCUGGAGCUGGUAACGCUUCCACACGGAAAGCAGCUACGCCAGGACCUGAUGGAGAGGCACAGCACCAUGGCCAUCGGCGUGGCGGUGGACAUCCUGGGCUGCACGGGGAGCCUGGAGGAGCGAGCGGCUACGCUCAACCGCAUCAUCCUGGUCGCGCUGGAGCUCAAGGACUCCAUGGGGGACCUCUACGCCUUCUCCUCCAUCAUGAAGGCCCUGGACAUGCCCCAGAUCACAAGAUUAGACCACACCUGGACCACCCUGAGGAGGAAAUACACACAGACAGCCAUCAUCUACGAAAAGUCCCUCAAGCCCUUUUACAAGGGUCUGUAUGAAGGAAAUGUGGAUGUUCCAGUGGACAGCACCACGGUGCCCCUCCUGAUGCCCCUGCUCACUCUGAUGGAGCGGCCGGCCGUGGUGUUCGAGGGCAUGGAGCUGUGGGAGAACAACGACCAGGGCUGCGAGAUCAUGCUGCGCCACCUGGAGGUGGCGAGAGUGGUGGCGCACAACGCUGACGCGUACAGGGCCAACGCAGAGAGCGUCCUGAAAGAUUUCCAUCCUGACGAGGACAUGCUGGAGAUCUUCAGGACAGACUUCCAGCUGCGGCUGUUGUGGGGGAGCCGAGGGGCCUCAGUCAACCAGACGGAGCGAUACGAAAAGUUCAAACUGAUCCUCACAGCUCUGUCCAGGAAGCUUGAGCCUGCAGUCAAGCACACCGAACUCUGAACCGGAGACCGAGCACAAAGACUGCACAUAAACAUACGUAUAUAAGGAGAGGCAAUGCCAGCUCAGUGGAGUCAGAAUGCAUUAUUUCUCCGGUUUAUGGCCCCGAUGCUCAUGUUUGGACAGGCAGAGCCGGGCCAAUUGCUGUCCUGACCCUAUCUGGCCACUGGAGGGAGACUGCAAGCUAAUUUUUUUAACAUGAACUUGCCAAAGUUACACCCUCAAGCCCAGCCCGACCCCUAUUGUUGACAGGUCACCAGGACUGUUAUGUCCCCUGUGGAGUAAACAUAAGGGACAUGCACUGUGCCCCCAGGUCACAGGAGGUGAAAUAGCACUGUAGUUUGUAUAAAACCUGGGCUGGGGAAAUGGGCUGAAGGCCACUGCGGGCAGGUUCUGUGGAUGCUGAAACGACACGUCACUCAGUGCCCACUGGGGAUGACGACACUGGAGCUCUUCAAAGUGUUCAUGUGAAAAGUAAAUGCAUGUAUGUAUCACUAAGGUAGUGACUGAGAUAUAGUUCCCUUUUUGAGGGAGAGACUUAUGUGAUAUAUGUAGAAGUAAAAGGCUGAGGUGGUUCUCUCAGCGGCUACUGCAGGGAAGGCUAGAAAAUGUAAAACACGGGAAUCUCACAGUAGAACUCACAAAGACAAAGACUCAUUCUGGUAUAAUUGAAAUCUGACUACUUUCCAAAUUUAAGUGUUUAAAAGAAAUAUAGAAAACAUGUUUCCUAGGUCCGCAAUAGUUGCUUGAACAGAUCUUGUAAUGUGUUAUUCAGUUGUUUAUACGGCAUUUGUAUUGUGAUAAUACGGUUAACAUUAAGUGGUAAAUGGUGUAAAUAAUAGCUAAUGAUGUUCAACUGUAAGCAUGUGGAUGCUAGACUAUGUAAUAUAUUUUCCUCCUGAAAGAUGACUGUAAAUAAUUACAUAACUUUAAUAUCUUUAUAUGGAAUAUUGUGCACAUGUAAUAAAUGGAAAAAGAUAUAGCUACACAUCUCA